GUACACACGCGGCUUAAACCAAUGAAGGCAGACUUAUGGCAAGAAGUAGGCAUAUUUUCUGAAACGAUACUCAACUGCAGAAACAACUGGAAGUUAGCAUGUUCUCAGUUUCGGGACAAAAGAAUCUCAAAAUGACUUCAAAAGCUCUUGCUAGAAGAUACAAGUAAAAUGAAGCAAUUUUUUCAAGAUGCAACAUACCAAAGCAGAACAAACCAGAUUCGGACAAUGUAUUUUUCUCAUGAUCCUAACAUCUGCAGAAAUCGUGUGUGGCAGAACUUGCCUCGAAGUCUGUGACUGUUUCGGAGAAGAGAAUAUAUUGGCGGAUUGUUCAGGAAAGAAUUUCAACAAAAUACCAGAGAACCUCAACACCACACUGCACUACAUUGAUUUCUCUAAUAAUAGCAUCACCAAGAUUAAGAAAUACGAUUUGAGUGGGUAUAAAAGCAUUAGAAUAUUAAAUUUGAGUAAUAAUGGACUCAACAAAAUUUCUAAAAAUUCAUUUCAAGAACUGGUUAAUUUAAAAUACCUUUAUCUGUCUGGAAACAAUAUUCUUCACUUACCAUCGACUGUAUUUAACAAAAAUGUAAAUUUAAAGAAAUUAUAUUUGAAGGGCAAUCCUCUGUCACUUUGUAAUGGUAUGUCAAUUUUGGUAUCAGAUUCAAUUACAUACCUAGACAUUUCUUUUUGUAAUAUCACCAUUUUGCCUGCAGCAAGUUUCGUAACUGUACCUAAUCUUCUAGCGUUAAGGUUAGAUGGAAACAUGCUGACAAAUAUUACCACUGAAAUUUUUGAACCUCUUCAGAAUUUAAAAGAAAUCUAUAUGGAAUCGGAAACAUUAGUUUGUGCGGAGUCAUCAUUUAACGAAUUUCUGAAUUACCUUGAAAAACGUGGAAUUAAAUACUAUGGACCAUCUGUUUGCAGUGAAGAGUGUCUAAGUACGCCUUCCACGGUAAACUUAAUAGCCCCUGUUCCGACUUCAGCCGUAUCUAACCAAAUAUACAUAGAAGUUCCUUCAUCCAUACCAAGGACAAUGACUGGUACAUUAGGAACAGCUAUACCCUUUCUAAAGGAGACACUAUUCUUCUUAAAUGAGAAACGUCCGACAGCAAAUAUGAUGUCAGUCACACAUAACCCACUUCUUCAAGAAGUUAGCCACGAAACACAAGUUCAUGAAGAGUCAACUUCCGAACAUUUGUCUAACAGUUAUUCAUCAAACCUUAAAAUGAAAUCUAUCAAUGCUCUUACAAUACGUAUCUGCUUAUUGUGUGUAGUACUGACACAAAGACUAGACUCUCUGAAACAUAUAUGGGGGAGUGUCAUAUCUUGAGUAGGAAACAGUACGGAAAAAAUAAGUCUUCAGUGAGGUCUCCUCUAUGAAAUUCCUAGGUUUCGUCGUUUACCUGUUGCACAAUGUAAUACCAACCGUCGUACUUUUAUAUGUGUACGUAGAUAAGGUUGAUGUUGAUGUACCGUCAAAGAUGUUUUGCACAGUCUCUCAAAAGUACGCGAGUAUCGCAAGAUAGUACUAGAAGCAUUAACAUACUGUAUAAAACUACUACAAGUAUGAUCAUACUACAUAAAACUACUAGAAAUAUGAUCGUACUACAUAAAACUACUAGAAGUAUUAUCCUACUACAUAAAACUACUAGAAGUAUGAUCAUACUACAUAAAUCUACUAGAAGUAUGAUUAUACUACAUAAAACUACUAGAAGUACGAUCAUACUACAUAAAACUACUAGAAAUAUGAUCGGACUACAUAAAACUACUAGAAGUAUGAUCAUACUACAUAAAACUACCAGAAGUACGAUCAUAUCAUUCAAAACUACCAGAAGUAUGUUCCCCUUUCUAAUACCAAAUCUUGUAAAGAUUUUCUCAAGUGAAAUAAUAUUGUCUGCUAACCUAAUGUAGUAGAGAUAAUGUACAGUACAUUACACACAAGUGGAUCCACCCGGCUUACAAGUAAAUUUAUCACUUUACCAAUAAUCCUACCUUAACUGUAAUUAUAAAACGGAACAGAAGAUGGCACACAAUUGCCGAAACAUGUCUUAGGCAGCAAUCCCAUCUGCCGGAAGUAAUGUUGUGUCCACAAAGAAUAAAGUAAAUAAUAUUAUCUAUACUAUUGUGUUUAGGUCUAUAACACUGGAACUUCCUGAUUUCAGGCUUUCACCGUGGUUCGCUGUUCAUGUUGUUUAAGCUCUUGGGUUUUUACACCGUGUGGAUGUGGAAAGUUCUGUCGACGUUUUGGAGGUGUACGCUGCCUCCAUCUUUAACCCAAAAGAUGGAGUCACCAUGUCCCUUCAAGAAGUCCGCAAAACUGCCCACAUCGACAUGGUGACGCUGCCUCCAUCUUUAGCCCCAAAGAUGGAGUCACCACGUGCCUUCAAGAAGUCCGCAAAACUGCCCAUAUCGACAUGGUGUAAGAACAUGAGAGCUGAAGCCAAUUUCAUAGGAACUUCUAUGACGAAAGACUGCAGUCUGAAUCUUUUAUUCCAAUAGGCCUAUAUGCAGAAUUUCAGAUCAGGCUAUAGUAAGCCUAAUCAUUCGGCGUCACAUUUUCAGUUUGUUUUCCGCUCUUUAUGCAACCCUAAGAUUCGUUACCGUGAAGCACUAUAGUUUCCGAUGUAUCGCCGUGCAGACGGGCAGAAGCCAACCGACGUUUCGGAGCAACCUGUCUCAACUUUUAUUGUCGGUGAGUAGUUUAAUUAAGCAAGAAACAGCAAAAAGCAAGCAGUAUGUUCCCCCGAAACGUCAAUGAACUUCUACCGGACUACACAGCAUUACAUCCCAGAGGAUCAGAAGGUAUGCUCUUCAGUUACCGCUGUGAGAACCUAAAAUCCAACGCUCAUUACAGUAUUCACAAAAGCUUGUCAUUGGGCCUUAUCCUUAGCUAGUUUAAUGCACUUCAUUUCUUUAAGAUUCAUUUUAACAUUACUCUCCCACCUAAACUCAAGUCCCGUAAGUGAUCUAUUCAGAUUUCUGGACUAAAAUGUAACAGAAAGGAUAUAAUAAUAAUAAUAAUAACAGUAAUAAUAAUAACGUAGCAUAGAAUUAGUUUCCAUGAAGUAAAUAUUUUGAUAAAGAACCAGAUUAUAAUUAAAUUAUUU